AGAGAGAGAGAGAGAAGGAGAUUCUCAUUCCUCGACAUGCUUGCUUCUCCUCAGUAUCGCAUCUCUUCCUGUGGUCUUGGUUGUGGAGGUGGAGGUGGUGGUGUCCAGUACUGUUGUUUAGUUAUUUCUGAACAAGACGCGGUGUGGUUGAAGCGAAAGAAUCUUAUAUUCCUUCUCUUCUUCAGAUUCAUCUGUCUUCAUCGUCAAAGAAGAUAGGUAGAUUUAGAUUUAACUUCGAUUUUUGGUUCUUUCUCCAUCUGGGUUUUUUUGAGUCUUUUGAUCGAGCAGGUGAUGGGCCUGUGCUCGAAGCAAGUUUCGGUGGAUGUUCUGGAUUGGAGCCAGAGUUUGUUGCAGUCAAGAUCAUUAAUGGAGUUUCCCAAGCCUCCUCAACCUCAGGCGAGACAACAACAACAACAACAACAACCACCGACACCAUCGUUGAGGUGUCCAAGGUGUGAUUCAACAAACACCAAGUUUUGUUACUACAACAAUUACAAUAAAUCACAGCCACGCCAUUUCUGCAAGACAUGUAGAAGGCACUGGACUAAGGGAGGCACUCUCCGUAACGUCCCCGUCGGUGGUGGCCGCAAGAACAAGCGUCUCAAGACAUCUUCUUCUUCCUCCUCUUCCACCACCACCACCACAAAUAGCCCCCACCUUCGGACCAAGAACCCAAACAGUAUUAUGGGAAUUCAACCUCUGCAACAUCAGUUAUCUCUUCCUUUCGAUGAUCAGAAGAGCAUAUCGGAGAUUCUCUAUCAGGCACUGCUGCCGCCCACAUCGUCGCAACCUGCAGAUUACAACAUAGACGUCAACGUCAGCAGCAACAGCAGCAGCGGCUUCUUGGGUUCGACGUUGUCUUUACCUCCUCUGCCAAACUUUCCCUUUACAAGCUCCUUUAGUUUUGACAACAACCCAUCAACUUUGAUUUCCUCUUCUUUCACCGGAGGCUUCUCUUCUCCAAAUGUGUACAGUUACCCAGCCAAAAUUGAAGUAGCCGAAGAUCCCAUCAGCGCUACCACCUCCUCAGCCAUUACUACCAUCGCCACGACAGUAUCGACGGCAAUGCCAUGGCAAGCACCUCCUUCUACUGGCGGCGGCGGCGGUGGCGGCAGUUUAAUGGAUUCUUCUCAAUACUGGAAUUGGGAAGAUGAUCUCACUGCAAUUGUCACUACUGAUCUUGGGCAACCUUGGGAUGAUCAAGAUGGUGAUGAUCCUGCACCAAAACAACUCUGAACUUGCAGUGUUUGAAGAAAUUAAACCCUGGUGUGUGGAGAUUUGACUCUUUCUAUUUAAUUUUUUUUUUCAUAGAUCAUUCUUGAUGUAUUUUUAAGUUCUAAUGUCUC